AUGUCUUCGACGGUCCUGCCACACGACCCUGUCACGAAGACUCCCCGGCAAUACCGGUCGCGGAAACGGCAGAGACCAUGCGACCGUUGCCGAAGCAUGAAACUCAAAUGCCAGCAGGAGGAGAACCAGAUGGCCUGCCGGCGAUGUAAGCAGAGCCAGCUGGACUGCACGUUUACCGGCAAACCACGCAAGCGGACACCGGCCAAGCCGCUGAACCGCCCGGAAGCGUGGCGUGAAGCCAGCCCUCCAACAACCGGCCGUACCGACCUGUCGUUUCCCACUCGGGCCUCACGCUCGGCGGCCUCUCCAACGGAAAAGACGCCGGUCCCGGCAGCACAGCACCCGCUCGAGCCGAACCAGACCGCCCGCGAACCGUUCUCGGAAGCCCUGGAGACCAACACUCCGUUCGCCGGCCUGCCCCAAGCCCGUCCCGCGACGCAAAUCUCGCAGAGCCUCGACCAGAUGCGGGGGUGCAGCGCGAUGCUCCUCGGGGGGUCUUCCGGCCUGGAUCCCUGGCUGCUGCGGCACCUCCGCUUCGACGAGCUCGGCCUGCAGAGUUUCUAUAAGUACCACGUCCGCAACGCGGGCGGCGUGCCCACUUUCGACAAGAUUCCCGUCCACUUCAUCCUCACGUCUGACGAGGUGGCUGCGGAGGCGUCUGUUGAGGUCCCAGGGUCCGAAACCAGGGACCUGCGUCGUCAGCUUGAGCUGCUUAUUCCGCCGUUUGUUGGCGUUCGUUUGAUGAGACUCUUUCAUCAACAUGUUUUCCCGACGCUCCCAGUCGUGUCCAGAAAAUGCCUCGGACUAACGUCGAUGGAGAAACUCCCGGAAGUUGAGACCCUCAACAGCAUACCGACGCAUCUCUUGGCCGCGGUAUACGGCUCGGCCCUUCCCUUCACAUCGGCCGACGAGCACCUUGUGGUGCCCCUCAUGCACGAAAGAGUACCCUGCGGCGAAGUCUGGCGAAUCGCCCAGAAGUCCUUUCUCCAGGAUCUACAGAGGCCACAUCUUUCGGUCCUGCAAGCCAUGCUCCUAUAUCUUCACAGGACGAAGGAGGACUCGAAGCAGUAUGCCGCGACAGACACUGCCGCCCUGUGGCCCUUGAUGGGGACCAUGGUCGGCCUGGCCCAUAACCUCGGGCUGCACCUGGAGUGCAGGAUGAUGGGCAUCCCGGCUUACGAGAAGAGACUCCGGCGGAGGCUGUGGUGGGCAGUCUACAUCGAAGACAAGUUCUUUUCGUUGCUGGGCGGCCGGCCUCCGUACAUCCAACAAGGAGAAUGGGACGUCAGCCAGCUGGACUCUGCUGAUUUCGUCCUUCGUUCCGAAGUCGAGCACCCGCUGCCGUGGCAUAGGAUGCCAUUCGUGCACAUGGCCAACUUGGCACUCAUCGCGGACUCUCUCCAGCGCAGUCUAUACUCCCUACAGUCAUGUCAGAAGCUGGCAGAGGACCUCACGGGAUCGAUCCAGGCGGCUCGAACGGCGUUCGACGCCCUCAACAUAUGGCGGGCCAACAUCCCGGGCCUCGAACACAUCCUUGAGGAAACCAACGUGACGAAGCCGGCCUUGGACAACGAUCCGUCGUCCGUGCAAUUCGCCUAUUUGAUCCUCGUCACGUACGUCUGGCGGGCCGUACUCCGCCCUACCGUCCGCUCUCAACCGCCGCCGCCCAUCAUAGAUGUCGACCAGGAGGAGCAGCCGGCGGAGGGGACGAGCCUUUCGCUUGAAGACUUUAGCUGGGAAAUUGGUGACCUCUGCGACAUCUCCUUGGACCUUGGCGACGGCGGCGUCGAGGUCCACGAUGCAACCAUCAUCGAGCUUUAUCAAGGCGCCCUGGCGUGGGCCAAAUGCCUUGUGGGUUUCGUGUUCAAGCUGUCGUCCAGACAAAUGGGCGAGUUCUGGCACUCUUGGUCACAGCUAAGCUUCGUCGCGGCGUCGAGCUUCAUCGUGAUGUUGGUCGUGCAGGCGCCGAGCCCGGAUGGCGCACGCAGGAGCAAGGACAUCCUCGACAACUGGCGGCGUCUGCUCCGAGACCAGAGCAGGGCGUUCCCGAUCUUGGGCCUCUCCUUCUCGCAGCUGAGCGAGUUCUACCGAGUCGGGCUCUCCACGGCGUUCUGCUUGCCUUUGCACGUCCAAGAGGCCAUUGAAGGUGGGAACAAUGGUUGA